AAAAGCUAAAAGUGGCGCAUUCUGUGUCGUUACGUCUGAAAAUCCUGAGAGACAGCAGAGUCAUGGACACCAGGACCGCGCGGGAGUCACAGAAUGUGCCUGCGGGCGCGAGCGCCGAGGUGACAGGAGGCCUCCGCGACAGGACCGCUGCCCUCCUUGAUCUGCGCACGAGACGCCGCGAGGAGGAACAGCUUCACGCGCAGCAGCAGCAGCGCGAAAAGGUGUUGGAGAGUUUGCAACACCGCAGAGACGAGUUACACAAGAAGCUUAAAGAAAUAAAGGAGUUACACUCAGGCUUUGACAUGUUUCUCAAGGUUGAAGACGCCAAUCAGGCUGCUGAGAAAGAGAGGGUGAGGAAGGAGGUGCUGCAAAGGGAGGCAGAGAGGCUGAAGGAGGAGUACGCUGAGCUGAUGGAGAGGAAACAGGGGCUGCAGCAUCAAGUGCACAAACACACUGUGUAUAUGGACUUCAUGGAGCGGGUGGUCAAGCUGACUAAGUUUGAAGAUGUGCAACCCCUCAUGGAUCAUUUAGAGAGUCUUCUCCACUUCAGAGACCAGCUCUAUCAGAAGGCGAGUCAAGCGCAGGAGCAAGUUGACCAGCAGAGGAAAGCCCUGCCGAGGCUGGAGGACCAGUAUCACUUGCUGCGGCUGCACAAGACCAACCAGCUGUCCCAACUACAGACCGAGCUGCAGGGGAUGUUCACUGAAGCUCUGAAAUGGGAAGGGAAGUGGAACCACAUUCAGGAAACAGCAGCAAAGAAAACACUCCUACUGGGACAGAUUAAGAUGGCGACCCUCAGCCUCUAUGAAAUGACAGAAGACAAGGCAGAGGGAGAGGAAGGUGUGGAUAUGAAUGACACGGAGAAACAGCUGGACAAGGUCAAGAUGUUCAUCCAGGACCACGAUGAUGUACUGAAAGAGCAUCGAAUUCCCUUGCACAAACACAACGAUGGACAGGAAAGAAAAGAAGAGAGAAGAGAUGAGGCAAAGAAGCGCAUCGCAGCUCACUGUAAAAAAGAUUAAAGUUUGCAGACUGCUUUAAAACUGUAAGUGUAAAACUCUGUGAGUUAACAGAACUUUAAACUUGAAGCCAAUCAAUCUCGUAAAACAUUGUCUAUCUACUGACAACGAUUUAGUCUCCGGGGGCAACGGCCAUUGUUGUGGUGCUUCUGAUUCAGGCAACAGAUAUCCGGAUAACAGAGAACGGAUAUCAACAGUUUGGCUAAUCUCUGUAGUCAGAUAUCUGCAUAUGAACGCAGAUAGAUUUAAGAUAAGAUCAUAAAGAGCUAAAUUGUCAUCAGCUGAUAGUCGAUGGGUUCUGAGAUUGCUUUCCAGCCAACGUGUUUUGCCUCUUUUGCUGUCCUUACACAUUGUUCACCUUCAUGCAACCAAAGCCAGCUCAACCAUGAUUGGUCAGUAGUGCUUGGACUACAACCGUCUUGUCCCUUGCCUGCAGAUUCUGCAUUCAUAUUCAGAAAUCUGUUUAUAGAGAUGAAACACAAUGAAGUUCAAUAAACUUAAAAUACUGAGUGCAACCAACAACUGAUGAAUCAUUUGGACAAGGAUUCCUUGUUGGAGCUACUUUGUGCUUAAAGUAUAUUAACUCUAGGCUAGUGUGUAAAAGCAGCCAUUCUUGUUCCAGAAAUGGGCAUUCAUGGUUUGAGUUGGUUUAUUUUGAUUUAGAAAAAGACACAUUUGAAUAACCUAUGUUACAUAGAAAUCUCCUAAAUGUACUGUAAUGGAAAACGUACUGCACUGAAACCAGAGUAAGAGUUAAGGGAGAGGAGGGAGGUCUGCUAAUUACCAACCAAUGUUGCUUAGUGAGUUUAGCGAGUGAUCAGUGGGACAUUCACAGCUCCCGAUUGUGAUUAUCAGGGCUUGAUAAUAUGAUCUGAAAUGGUUUUGAUAGUGCGAAUUUUCAGUUGAGUCGUAGCAAUAUCACAUACCUUCUACAGCUGGUGCUUUAAUCCCAGCCUCCUCCUGUUUGCAUGACUGUCAAAUGAAUGUCGUAUAAUGUAGAUAAUUGAUCAUUCAGAACACAAGGUCCUGCACUGCCACCCGGUGGCCAUUUAAAGAAAAUAGCAACUGUUAAACCAAAUGAAUUAUUGCAUCUGUUACCUUAUUUUGGCUCAUCUGACCUGUUUUCAGUUUAAAGACAAACAUUUUUGAGGCUGUCCAUUAAAAUGUUUCAUUAACUUCUGCUGUUUCAUGUUUUAUGAUUAGUUUGAUAUUGU